UUAACCCAGCUCAUCAAUUAACCUUGGUUACUUAAACCCCAGCACAGCAUUACAAAUUUGGCUUUCCUUCCUUCCCCUAGAGACUAGUCAGUCAGUGAGUCCCUCUUUUUGGUUACCCACUUCAGCCUACCAAAAUGCCACUUCUGCUAGUACUUCUAUUACAUGUUGUCCCUUGAGCAAUCCAACCAUAACAACAAGGGAGAAGAGACCAUGCAUUUAUACCCAUCAUUUCAUCUAUGCUUUCUUUCUUACAAACAAAGUUGAGUAAUUGAGAGUGCCCAGAAAUGAAGAGGUCUCCUAGUUAUUCCUGCUCUUCUUCCUCCUCUUCUUCAUCCUCAUGUGCUGGCCCUGAGAUUCCAACCAACCAGAAACAAUCAGACAAACCCAAGCCCAAACGCAGUAGAAAGACCCCCAACAAGUCUGCUGAGAAAUGCCAAAACUCAGGUAGAAGAAGCUCAAUCUACAGAGGGGUCACCAGGCACAGAUGGACUGGAAGGUAUGAAGCUCAUCUCUGGGAUAAGACUUCAUGGAAUGACAUUCAGAAAAAGAAAGGACGGCAAGUUUAUUUGGGGGCCUAUGAUAGUGAGGAUGGUGCUGCUCAUACAUAUGAUCUUGCUGCACUUAAGUACUGGGGUCCUGGAACCAUCCUCAAUUUUCCGCUAGAGACAUACACCAAGGAACUUGAUGAAAUGCAGAAGGUGUCCAAGGAAGAAUACUUGGCUUCUUUGCGCCGCCGGAGCAGUGGGUUUUCUAGAGGCGUGUCAAAGUAUCGUGGGGUGGCUAGGCAUCAUCAUAAUGGGAGAUGGGAGGCGCGAAUUGGAAGAGUAUUCGGAAACAAGUACUUGUACCUGGGGACUUACAAUACACAAGAAGAGGCAGCGGCAGCGUAUGAUAUGGCAGCUAUAGAGUACAGAGGAGCAAAUGCGGUGACAAAUUUUGAUAUCAGCAACUACAUCGACAGACUCAAGAGUUUAGAGCCACAGGAUCCACCUCUGGAAUGCUCCCAUGUUGCACAAGAACAAGUCGAAGUAAAACAAGAAGUACAUCAAUUUCAACCACAGCUACAAGAACAACAAGAGCAACAACAACAACAUCAAGAACAUAAGGAGGAACAGAUAUUGGUCUCCCCCAAACUUCAGUAUCCACAGGUCGCGCCUUGCAUAGAAAGUAGUACUGCUACAAUGCAGGAUGUCAUGGAUACUACAAAUGAGCACCAGUCCCAGUUCAGUUGGAACUUUUUGGACAAUCUUCUUCCGGUUCCUGACAUCCCACUGGAUAAUAAGCCCUCGGAGUUACCAGACUUGUUUGAGGACUUGGGAUUUGAAGAAAAUUUUGACUUGAUAUUUGGAGGUGCAAGUGAUAUCAAUUUGAGUGGCUUACUGGACACUGCAGCUUGUGGGGUUCAAGCUGGUGUGCCGGAAAACUUGGAUGAUAAUGGGUCUCCAUCUCCUUCUCCUUCUCCAUCUUCAACUACUACAUCGGUUUCUUGUAACUACUCUGUUUGAAGGCCCAAAUCUGAGGCUUGUGGAUUGUUGGGGUUGGUCUAGUUUGUUGUGGUUUGUUGUUGGUGGGUGGGUUGAAGGCAGGGAAUCGAAAACAUGUUUUGGUCGUUUAUGUAUCUUCGGUUAUGGUUAGAAAAUAGAAAAUUUCUUUGUUUCGUAUCAAGAAAAAAUGAAAGCAGAUAACACCAUGGGAUCUUUAUGAAGAGUCUAUCGUCAGUUCAUUUGGUUCAACACAUAAAUUUAUGUUUGGUUCGCAGA